UCAUACAUUGUUAUUAUUCGACGAAGAGGUGCUUUGACAUAUUAUUAUCCGGAUUUUGCUAAAGCGACUCAUUGCCCAGCUGUAGAACAGAGGCAUCGUCCUCGGCCCAGUUGAGCGAGCUUUGUCGAGGGGCCCUGCUCGCUGGACUCGGUGUGUGUGCGAGUGCGUUUGCGUGUGUCCGCCUGCCCGCCCGUCCGCCUGUGGUAAACAAAACUGUUCCAGGAAUCCGUCCAUCUGUCUGUUCGCGAUCGAGAUUUUAGUCGUCGUUGUGAAUGUAACGCUGGAAAGAUGCAUAUCGUUUUGCUGUGUCACGCUGUUAAUCAUUGUGACUAUGUAACGGUGUAACGAUGUAUAUCGUUGUGACUCUGAAACGCUGAAAGGAUGUAUACCGUUCUGACUAUGUAACGCUGUAAGUCUUUGUGGCUAUGUAACGCUGUAAGUCUUUGUGACUAUGUAACGCUGUGACGUUGUAUCACGAUGCACCCACCUGAAGGAUGAGGAAAGGACGGGUUCGAGCGCCGGCCCAGCUGUCUGUGACCUGCUCCGGUCACGGUGCCGGGUACUCCACGGCUGGCUUCAUCUCCAGCACCAAUAGUAGAAGCAGUACUGCUGCUGAGUUCAGCAACUUUAGUGUCAGCGGCAGCAACAGCAGCAACAACAGCAGCAGGGAUUCUCAUACUCAUAGCUCUGGCCCCAUCAUCAUUACCUCUUCAACGACUACGAGGGUCAGUUCUACACUUGGUGGUGGUGUGGGUUGUGGUGGUGUGGGUGGUGGCGGAGGUGGUGUGGGUGGUGGUGGUGGAAGUGAUGGUGGAGGUCGAACCAUCAACAGUGGUCACUACGCUAGACAGAACGUCUUUUCAACGUUCCGCGGCAUCUUGAGUGGUGCAGGGGAUGGUGGUAGUGGUGGUGGAGGCGGCAGCGGUGGGUGUUGUGGUAGUGGAAGUGGUGUUUCAAGUUCUCUGCCCAUUUCCGCGAACGGUGGCGAGGACAGCGACAGACGGGCCCGUCGCCGCGGGGAGCGGUCUGAGUUUGCGUUCGCUACAUCAGCAACAACGGAGGAGCAAGACAAAAAUGUGGACAGCCCGGAGUGGAUCACCAUCGCCAGCUCACCAGAAGCGACGCAACAGCAGCAGCAGCAGCAUUUCCCGGAUGUGUCAAUGACCUCGCAACAGCAACAGCAGCAUCAACAUCAACAGCAACAGAAGCAGCAGUUCCCGGAUGCGUCGAUGACCACCAGCACCAGCACCACCACCACCACCAGCAGCACCACUAUCAUUACGACCACCGUGCCCUCGUCAGCGGUCUCGCUGAGUGACGUCAGCAUUCACAGACGCGAGUACGAGAGCCUCAGCCCCUUCGAGGACGACGGCAGCGCGGCCAACCUCGCCUCUGACGUCACCGGUCACGUGGGCUUUGAGAGCGGCCUCUUCUCCGGCUACCACGCUCCGGGCGAGGAUGACGUGGUUUUCCCCAUGGAGGAAGAUUUUCCCGGUGAGGGAGAUUUUCCUGCUGCUAGUACAAAUAGCAACCACAACAACAUCAACAAUGGCAACAACAACAACAGCAGCAGCAACAGCAACAACCACAGCCACAACGACAACUUUGCUGCCGGGUUUGGUGGGGAGCGUGUGUUUGACUUCGAUUUGGAUUCCUUUAUGGACGUUCAGAUUCCGGAGAUGGAGGAUAGGGACGGGGACGAGGAAGCUAGUCAGUUGUCGGAGACCAUAGAGGGAUGGCACAUGUGAGUCUCUCUUUGUGUGUGUGAGUGUGUGUGUUUU